AUGGGUUAAUUCCUUUAUAAAUAAGGAAUUUGGAGAAGGUAUGGAUCUGAUAUGCAAAAGGAGAAAUUAUUACUUUUAUAAUAAGUGAAAUUCAUUAUGAUAUUGAUAUAGCUACUGAUGCAGAAACAGACAUUUAGGAUGUAAAUGUAAAAGUAUUUUUUCAAUUUAUAAGGAUUCUAUAUAUCUUUGCAUAUAGAUCUACUUAAGGAGUUUCAAGAUAAAAUAUAAAAUUAUCAUUUCUGAAAUUAUUAAGAUUAAAUUGA